AUGAAAACGAAAGUCCUCAUCUGCGGCGCUGGAUGUGCCGGCACAGCCCUAGCCUUCUGGCUAGCCCGAGCAGGUCACAAUGUCACAGUCAUUGAACGCAGUCCGUCUCUCCGAGCCCUAGGCGCACAAAUAGACAUCCGCAACCAAGGGAUAGAAGUGAUAAACCGAAUGGGUCUUCUAGAGAUCUUACUCAGUAAACUCGUCAAAGAAGAAGGCACCCACAUGGUUAACUCAGCUGGAGAAGUCAAAGCAGCUUUUGGGAAGGGAAACCUCAACGCAACAGCAGAGUAUGAAAUUAUGAGAGGAGAUCUCGUCAAAAUGCUCUAUGAAGCCACCCAGGACCAUGAGAAUAUAGAGUACAUAUUCGGGAAGAUGGUUGAGAGCUUCGACGAGCGAGAAAAUGAGAAUGAUAAUCUGGUUCAUUUCUCGGAUGGUUCGACCGAUUCGUUUGAUCUGCUUGUUGGUGCUGAUGGCCAGGGAUCACGCAUUCGUUCUGCUAUCUUGCCACCGGGAGGAAAGGAGUAUCGCAAGCUAGGCAUUUGGGCUGCUUAUUGGUUUGUUCCGCGGAUCGAAACAGAUACAAAUACAAUGUCCAUGUAUUCAAGUCCUGGUGGACGAUUGAUGCUUCGGCGAUCACAUAAUUCUACCGAAACGCAAGUAUAUUGCAUUUUCAGAGACGAUGAGAACACAGAACAACUCAAUAAGCUCAUGAGAGCACCAGCUGAAGAGCAAAAGAAGUACUGGAAACAAAAAUUCCACGAUGCAGGGUGGGAGACAGAUCGGUUUAUUGCCGGAAUCGAUGACACUGCAAAUUUCUACUGUCACGAAGUUGUGCAAGUCAUUGCUGCGAAUUGGGUACGUGGUCGAGUCGCUUUGAUAGGUGAUGCAGCGCAUUGUCCUUCGCCUCUUACUGGGCUUGGAACAACGACUAGUCUCAUUGGGGCAUAUGUUUUGGCUGGUGAAAUCACUCGGAGUCCUGAUGAUUUGGCCCUGGCACUGAAGAACUAUGAGAGAGUGUUGAGACCGCUUAUUAAGGAGGUUCAGGUUGUUGGACCGCUUAGGAUCAAGAUGGCGCUUCCUCAGAGCCAGUGGGUGAUUACUUUGAGGUUGGCUAUCAUGGGGUUCUUAUGUUGGCUUGGGAUUCCCGAUCUUCUCUCGCAGUAUGUGACUGAUACUUCGGAAUGGCAGUUGCCUCAUUAUCCUGCACUUGAUCUGUGA